UUCAAAUCUUCUAAAAAAUGUUGUGCUGAUUUGGCAAGAGUAAGAAGACUCUAAAACGAACUAUGUCACCAUAUAAAGUUCGCAGAAGGUCUGAAAUAAACCACAUUAUUGAAAGAGAUUCUGGAGAGCAGCCCCGGAUUAAGAAAAUUGUUAUUAAUCCUAACCAAAAAAUUGUUGACAACCGUAAUGGGAACGGAAAUCUAAACUUUGAGCAGACUGAGAAUCCUGGGUUUCAGUCCGAAUUUAAUCUGAAUAGAGAUAAGACAAAUAAACAUAUUAAGAAUAAGAAGAAAAGUAGAAGAAAGCUGAACAAGAAUAAAAAGAAGAGGUCUAAAAAGCCCAAGGAAGAUACGAAGAAGGAAGUCAUGGCACUUGACUUAGAACAGAAUGGUAUUUUAGAUCUUCAAAAUUUCAAAUCUCAAGAAAUAAAUGAAGCAAGCUUAAAUGAUAUCUACAUUCAAAUGCAACCUCUCAAGAGUCCAUCAAAAAGAAAGCUCUUACAAGACUCUCCCUCAUCUAAAUCCCCUAAUCCCAAACAUAAACAUCUAAAGCAACGUCUAAGUCAGCAAACAUACUCUGAUUGAGACAUUUCCCUCUCUGAUGGCAAAGGUCCUUCUGAACUAAUGAAUGAUGAUCUAAACGGUUCUGAUUUAAAUUUUAUUGAGAGUCAAUCGAAUGUCACUGGGAAUGAGAUAUUAAUAACUCCACCUUUCUUGAAAGCAGAGAAACCAGCCAUUGUAGACCAAUCUAUAGAUGAGAUAGAAGAGGAAUGAGAUGAAAAAUCCAAGCUCGUUCUUUCAGUUAAAAGUAUCCAGCUGUCAGAGACUCAAGAGUUUAACGAGAAUAUUAAUAAAAAUGAACUCAAAAAUAAAUUAGAUCUGAAGAUAAACUCCAGAGCAACUAUGACCUCGAAUAAGUACUGGCGAUCGGAGAAGGAAUCAGCAGCAUCAGAAGUUUCAUUUAAUUCAGAAAUUUCAUCAGUUAUGGUGAGCUCAUACCGCAAAAGUGCUUUUUAUGAACCCUUCUUCGCAACAAUGAGGCCAAUAGAGAUUGAUGAUAAUGAUGUAUCCGUUGAAAACAAGAUGAGAGUCUUAACUCCAACCAGAUCAGUCGAUAAUUUCGAAAUUAUUUCGAAAUUUGAUUCAAAAUCUCGGUGAAAUAGCCUUGUGGAAGUAAAUCCCUCCGAUACCGUGAAUAAAAGAAUCGGGUUUAUGAUAAACAUGAAUAUGAACACAACUAAUGAUGCUACUUCUCAAAUAGAAGAAAAGUCAGUUAGGCUAAGUGCACAUAUGCCAGGAAACAUGAUGCAACCGAAGAAUAGAUAA